CAAGGUUGACAGAUGCUGUGUGCAGUCGCUCCGCUUUCAGAAAACUUUAUACUUUCUUCAAUUUUCAUUUAUCUUAAAAAUGUGUGACGAUAGCAUCGAAGUAAUUAACAAGAUGCUUGAUGAAAUUGCAAAAGCGAAUCGAUACGAUGAAUGCCAAAUAAAAAUCAAGUCCGUUUCCAGUGGGGGCGCAAAUUACACCAGCUACCUCCACCAUGUCACCAUUUCAGCACCAGGGAAAGAUGACCUGAAGCUCUUCGUUAAAUUGGCAGCUCUGGGAGAAAAGAUCAGGUCCGCGGCAAGUUUCAUUAUUUUUGAAAUAGAAGAUUUCUUCUACAAGAAAUUAUUAAAGACCUAUGAAGCGAUAGAAGAACGGAACAUGGUCUCAUCAGAACACAGACUUGUCACGCCUAAGUUCUAUGCAAGCAACGACAAAUACUGUAAAGAAGUACUGAUUUUAGAGGAUAUGACGUCAAAAGGUUAUCAAGCGUUUAACCGGUUUGAAUCAAUAGACUGGAAAUAUGCGUCCAAAAGUAUUCAAAAUUUAGCAAAACUACAUGCUUUGUCUAUCGCCUGGUCAAUAGAUGAUCCAAAGGACUUUGAAAAUAACAAAAGUCUUGAGUUUAAUGCAUACAUAUCUAUUAGGUUGGACUUAUUAAAGAAUUCGAUAAAAAACACUAUAGAAGUAACGAGGCCGGAAAAUAAAGAGAAAAUAGAGAAGUUUUGUAAAGAAAUGACAGAAUAUGAUGUGUUUAGAGGUUUCUUAAACCCCAUCAGACGUCCUGUGAUAGUCCACGGUGACUACAGACCCAGCAACUUGCUGCAUAGGAAGCUUGAUAAUGGUGAAUACGACGUCGUCUCCGUGGACUACCAGACUUUAUUCAAGAGCAAUCCAAUGUUUGAUUUGAUGUAUUUCAUCUUCACGGGCUCCGACAAGAACUUCAGGAAGAAUUACUUCAAGAGAACAGUAGAACAUUACUACAAGGAAUUGCGCGCUGCUCUCGAGAGACUUAAUCUCGCUCCUGACGAUAUUUACCCGAGGGAGGAUUUCGAGUAUGAACUAGAAAAGAUGAUGCCGUUCGGUCUUUUGAUCAGCACGUUCGCGCUACCCAUCAUCACGGUGCAAGAGGAAGACGCGCCGAAGGUCACUAAGGACAUUGAUUUGAAUGAUUUUAUGGCCUUGCCGAGCAGUCUCUACAAGGAGAGGAUUAACGACAUUAUCGACGAUUACAUAGACAUGGGGCUGCUUUGA